AUGAGUCACAACACACACGAAACCAUGUCCUACUACGACUCUAUCGGGCUGUUAGCUCUCUGUGACGCCAUAGACUCGGUCGAGGGCAUUCCCUUCCAGGCCGCGGCGCCGCCGCGGCUGCCCCACGAGCCGAUCAACAACGGCAGGCUGAACGUGGCUCUACCGGGGCCGUAUCCGCCUGUUUCGCACUCAAAAUCCUCGUUUCCGCAACACCCGUUGCUCACACAUGUGCCGCCAGCCGCCACGUCCUCGCCGUCAGGCACCAUGAGUUACGCGCAGAGCCAGCGGAACGCCUUUUCGCAGUUCUCGGGCCCGGGCCAGCGAGGCGACGGUAUGCCUCCAACGCUACUCUCUCAGCGGCCGAAUCAAGCGCCAGGCACGCUUUUGGGGCGGUCGAAUGCCGACAAUUACGGCAACUACCCGGCUCCGCCCGGCGCGUCCUCGGGUCCUCCUCCGGCCAGUUCUUAUUCCGCCGCCAGUGGCCCAAGACCGCAAGGUGCACAGAGAAUGCCCGUCAGCUCGUCGUCCGCGUCCCCGGCCCCAGCAAGUGGCUCUGGUGCCCAGUACCGCCAAGAGGAGUGCCCGCACUGCGGGCGGCUGUUCAAGGGCCCCAAAGCGUCUACUCACAAACAACAGCACAUUCGUCGACUACAUCCUAACGACUACACACCAAAACGAGGGGGCAAAAAGCGUGUAACUGAUUUAUAG